CUCUCUCCACACAACGCAGCAGCGACUCCGCAGCAACUCUCGAGCUUUUCUUUGACCUGCGUGGAAAUGGCGUCUCACGCUCUCUCCAAGCUUUCGCCGUCGACGCCCUUCUCGACAUCGGCUUGCCCUCAAUCCCCUCACGGACCGAGACUCGCGAACUCGUUUAGAUUGCCGAACGCAUGGCUCGGUGCGAGCGAUUUGUCGCUCCGUUCGACGAUUUCCAUCUCGCGGUCGCCGAAGCCGCGCCCAAUCAUCGCCACCGUCGCCGGCAGCCUCCCGACCGCAAAGCCAGAGAGAGUCUCUUCCAGUGAGAAUGUUCCCAGAUGGUCAAGGAGGGCGAUAAAGUCGUUUGCUAUGGGGGAACUCGAGGCGAGGAAGCUCAAAUAUCCGACUACCGGAACUGAGGCACUUCUUAUGGGAUUGCUUAUUGAGGGGACUAACUCUGCUGCUAAGUUUCUGCGGGCAAAUGGAAUUACACUUUUCAAGGUGCGGGAAGAGUCCAUAAAGUUCAUUCCGAAAGGCGACAUGUAUUUUUUCAGCCCUGAGCAUCCGCCGCUGACAGAGGAUUGCCAAAGGGUACUUGAUUGGGCUGUCGACCAAAAAUUAAAGUCUGCUGAUGGUGGGGAGAUUACGACUAGCCACUUGCUUCUCGGUAUAUGGUCUGAAGCGGAGUCACCAGGUCACAAGAUACUAGCUGCCCUUGGUUUUGAUGACGACAGAGCCAAAGAGCUGAAGUCUCAAAUUAGUGAACCAGAACACGAGGGCUAACCGGUUUCCCCCCUAGAGUCUCUUUUAAAUUCUUAUAUGGGCAUCCAGCAUUUCUCGGACUGGUCUCCCCAUUAUGUUCAGUCCCUAAUCCCUCGCACAGGCUGGCAUGGCCGGAUGAUUUCUUGACCAUUUUUGUUUCUUGAUUGUUGUGAUGUUGCGAUUCUUUGGAAAAAUGAUAUGGAUCCAUCAGGUAUGUACCAA